AUGGCAGGCAGAAGGAAGUUUUACACAGCCAGGGAAGCCAUUGAGUACAUUUGCCUUCCUGAUGGUGCUUUAUCUGACACAGAAUCCAUUUCAGACGAUGAAAUUGCUGAUCCAGAUUUUGAGGACUCUCCUGAAGCAUACGAGUCUGACUCCAGCUUUGAUGAUGAUGAGCCACUGGCAGCAAUACCAAAAGCUAAUCUCAAGCACCUUGAUUUUGAAAUUCAUAACAUACAUGCAGACAGUGACACUGAGGUCCCAGAUGACAAUGAACCUCAGCCAGGCCCAGCUCCAGUCAACAAAGAGUUUUCUUGGAGGCAGAGGAAACCCCCAGCAGCUGACAUAGACUCUUCAUUCCGAGGACCUGCAUUCUCACCUCCCCCAGACGAAAUACCAAGUCCAAAGUGGUAUUUUGAUCAGUUCAUGGACAAAUCUGUGUUUGAACAUAUUUCUCACCAAUCUAACUUGUAUGCAGUUAUGAAGAAUGCCCCAGAACUGAAAACAACCCCUUCUGAAAUAGAGCAAUUCAUUGGUUUACACAUCUUGAUGACCGUAGUACGUAUGCCAUCGUACCGCAUGUACUGGCAGACAGCAACCCGCUACGACCCAAUUGCGAAAGUCAUGGGACGUAAGCGAUUUGAUCUGCGUACAUACAUCCACAUGAACGACAAUACCAAUGUGAAGCAAAAGGGUGAGCCUGGAUACGAUCCAUUAUUCAAGGUGCGUCCAGUUCUUGAGAAAGUCCGUGCCAACUGUUUGAAGGUUGAACCGGAAGAAAACCACUCCAUUGAUGAGCAGAUGAUCCCCUUCAAAGGAAAGCUUGGAAUGAAACAGCAUAUCAAGAACAAGCCGCAAAAAUGGGGAAUCAAGGUCUUUACUCGUGCAGGUGUCACUGGACUAGUCUAUGACUUUGAAGUAUACACUGGAAAAGGGACCGUGACCAAUGAGCGUGGACUUGGUGUUGCUGGUGAAGUUGUGCUUCGUCUCAUAUCAGAAGUUCCAAAAGGACUAAACUACAAGUGCUUCUUCGACAACUGGUUCACUUCCCCUGAACUCAUUGUGGAACUGAAGAAAAUGGGAAUUCUAACAGUUGCUACCAUCAAUCGUAACCGUCUCCGUGGAUGUACCCUCAAGAGUGACAAGGAACUCUCAAAGGCCGGGCGUGGUGCGUAUGAAGUGAAAUACGAAAAGACAAGCGGUCCAUCGUGA